CAAAAAUUAGAAAAUUACAGUUAUUCAAAUUAUAAAAUCAUAAUCCUGGUGUAGUAUAUAUACAUGAGCGAUAUUGAUUAAUUUUUAUAACAUAACUUUAAAGUAAAUUUUGUAAAAUUUUAAAAUUUUAAAAUUUAAUUAUCAGUUGAUAAACUUUUCCAGCCAAUCAAACGUGUACACAGUUAAUUGGCAGAAAAACUCGUAUGUGGUACGUGUAAAUACAACAAAAACUGUUCAGCCAGAGACUCUCUUGAUGGAGGGAUGGAGUGUCACCGUUUUAUAGCAUCUCUUUCUCGAUCGUGAAAAGAAUAACUCUCAAAAGCUGUAACCCUAAAAUCAAGUAGGAAGAGAAGCUCCAACUCCAUUUUGUUCAAGUCUCUGUUGCUCACACCUGCAACCCGAGCGUAGAACUCGUUGGUGUAGUGCUUGUAAAUUUGAAAUCAGUUUUAUUAAAAACACUUGUGGCAUCGAAAUCAAGAACUUGAUGACAUUAGUUAUAAAACUAAUCCUCAUUUUAAAUUGGUUACAUAUAGAAAGUUUAUUUCAUUUUCUAAAUUGAUUAACAAAGACAAUUAUAGUCUUAUAAUGCAUGAUAUAUGUAUAUGAGAAGUUCAAGAAAGGCUCACGUCGUCUAGUAUAUAUUAGACGCAGAAGUGACAAGGACCCUAUGAACAUUCAUUGAGACAACCAAAUAAUGAGUAUGCUUAUGAGCCAACCGGCCUAUGUACGCAAACCCGACCACGAAACACGCUGGGCUACGUUUUGUGUAUUUAUAUAUCCUCUCAAGGUACUUCGCUAUACUUAUGAGAUCGGUGCUCUCAAGCCGUAAAACGGCUCCAAACUCUUAGCUAACCACUCGUUUUGUGCGACGAGCUUCUCCAUCAUUUGGGAUAUUAUAGUCAGCAUCUUGGAGUGGCGGCUUCCGAAUCUUGUUCCACGACCGAGUCCGGUUCAUCGUUUCCGGCUGAGGCUAGCAUGGUGAUUGGUGGGUUCUCUUUCUCUCGUAAAUGGGCCAUGUUUUGUCGUUCGUUUUGGUUAUAUGUCUUAAUUAGCUUGUAGGUGGGUGGUGGAGAUACGAUGAGUCUUACCCUGACGCGGAGAUGUUAUCAUGUUUCGUCUGACUUUUGAGCAGCUGGUGAAGUGGACUGUGGAUAUAACAUGUGUCACUUUGUAAGAGAGGGUUCAGAUUUUUUUUAAUUUUUUUUUUGUAUUUUCAGCAAAUAAUUUUUUUUUUGCUAAAGGUUUUCAGCAAAUAAAUCAGUUAUCAAACAACUUUUUCCACGUACUUUGCUGCAUAUUCCUAUAAUAUCUCGAUGCAAAUACUAAAUUUAGUAAUGUUAGAUUCUUUCCAAUGUGAGAAAACAACGUACACGUUAACUCUUUACAUAUUUCGGAUGCAUGCCAUGGGGAUUUUCACGUCAGAUUUUUGUGGGACCGCGUUUUCACUAGUUAUAAAACAUAGCAAGCAACCUUUAACCUCUCUUAAGUUUUUUUUCACUUCUUCUUCUACUUGAUUACGCCACGUGGAAUUUAACUUGGACUUUUAACCACGUGGGCGAACGUUUUCACACGGUAUAAAACCAUAGCAAUCCUACCUCUAUCACUCUUUUCUUUUCCCCUUUCUACGUGAUUUACACCACUGUAAAAACUCUCUCUUUCGUUCUUAGCUUUCACUCGAUUCAAAAGAAAAUAUUUUGUUUCAGCUUGUGAUAUGUUUUAUCGAUACUUUGUAAAUCCUCAAUCAAAAAGUUUUGAGUUUCUCUACUUCACGUGAAGGUUGUGAAUCGGACUAAUACGAUCUUACAUGAGUUUCUUGAUCGAGUAAUAACAAAAAGCGUGACACUAAAUUUUAUUAGAAAUCUCACAGGAUCAAAUUUUUAUAAAGUAUAUUUUUGUUCUAUCAUCUCUCAAAAUAUGGAGCCGAAAUGUGAUUAUUGCGCAACCACACAAGCAAUAAUUUACUGCAAAUACGAUUUGGCUAAACUAUGCCUAAAAUGUGACGUCCAUGUACACUCUCCGAAUCCUCUGUCUCGCAGACACAUGCGUUCUCUGAUCUGCGAGAAAUGCUUCUCACAGCCUGCCGUUAUUCGCUGUCUCGACCAGAAGGUUUCAUAUUGCCAAGGAUGCCAAUGGCAUGUACGCAGCUGCUCUGCUUUAGGACACAGACUUCAAAGUCUAGAGCCAUUUUCCGGUUGUCCUUCUCCAACAGAAUUUUCCAGAAUGUGGUCUUCAAUUCUUGAACCUUCUGUUUCCAGUUUGGUUAAUCCAUCCAUUGGUUCUUUGCCCUCGGUUGAUCCCAACAAUGACAUGUUCGAGAUGUCAAAAAUCAACGAGCUAGACGAUUUGAUUGGUUCCUCUUAUUCAAUGAUGUCACAAAACAUCACUUACAUUCAGAAUCUCAGUGAUCAAUCAUCUUUCUUUUCUGGGGAUUCUAAGGGAUGUCCUCAUUUGAUUCUAAAACUUGAAGAAGGCGAAGAAGAUCUGUGUGAGGGACUUAACUUGGACAAUGCGCCUUUAAACUUUGAUGUUGGAGAUGAUAUCAUCUGCUGCUCGCCACAAGAACACAUAGAAUCUGAUCAAACAUUACCAAAUGGUCUCUUGGCUUACAAGAACAUCAUAUCUGUUACCGACUCAAACUGUACUACUGACAACCCUUUAGAGGCAACGUCAACAGGACAGCAAGAAUGUAGAAGUUAUCAUCAGUCAGGUCCGUUGCAAAUGAACAUCAACAUUGGACUUCCUCUUCCGACAUCCCCUAUCUUGUUCGGACAGAUCAAUCCGAACAUCAAAGGUCAUGAAAGCACUGCAGUGGAUUACCAGGAUUGUGGUAUGUCUACAGGGUUUAUAAUGAGUGAUUCGCCAUGGGAAUCAAAUCUUGAAGUUGGUUCUCCACAAACAAGGAAUGAAGCUAAGUUGAGAUACAAAGAGAAGAAACUCAAGCGCACUUUUGGGAAACAGAUUCGAUAUGCAUCUCGCAAAGCGAGAGCUGACACGAGAAAAAGAGUGAAAGGAAGAUUCGUGAAAGCUGGCGACAAUUAUGACUAUGACCCAUCAUCACCAACCACAAAUCAAUGAGUUUUCUUUUCCCUAAAACAAUUUUUUUUUUUUUGAAUCGAGGAAAUCAACAUGUUUCGGUAUGGGAACGUUGGAGUACUGCACGAAGAAUGCUUAGACGUAGUGAAAAUGACGAAUUGGGUGGAAAGCCAAAAUGGGUGAAAAAUAUAGUAAUUUUGCUUCGUUUUUUUUACUGAAAUUCUUUUGUUUUUCUUUUAUGUUUACCAAUAAUUUUCUAGCUUUUAUGAUAAAUAAAGUACUAUGUCUUUCUCCAUAAGUUAGUUGUUUCAGAGGACGCGGUUAACGUGCCUUAAUUAGGAUUUUGUUAAAAAGACUAGUUCUUUUGUUUGCAAGUUGUAAUAAGAACUGUCGAGUCUUUUCACUUU